AUGGCUGCAUCAAGUUAUGACUUUAUUGUCGUAGGAGGUGGUCCAGCUGGAAGCUCCGUCGCAGCAGGUCUGGCCUCGUCAGCCAAGAAACCCAGUGUUCUUCUCCUUGAAGCUGGUGGCACAAACGAAGACCGCAACCUGCGCGUUGACGGUCAGCGAUGGCUCACUUUUAUGAACAAGGACAUGAACUGGGGCUACAAGACGACGCCUCAGGAAUUCGCUGAUAGCCGAGAGCUGGAUUACUCUCGCGGAAAAGGUCUUGGUGGUUCCAGCGCUAUCAACUUUGGUGUUUACAGCGUUGGUGCUCGUGACGAUUACGAAGAGUGGGCGCGUAUCGUCGGUGAUGAUUCAUACUCUUGGGAGAAGAUCCAAAAGAGAUAUAAGAGUCUUGAGAACUUUCACGGUGCUCUACCUGAGGGUAUUGACAAGAAGUAUGCUGCUCCCAAGAGUGAGGAUCAUGGAAGUGAGGGAAAACUUCAUGUUGGGUAUGCGAGUGAGUGGGAGAAGGAUCUUCCUCCCGUUCUUGACCUCUUUGAGGAUGCAGGCUUUCCACUGAACCCUGAUCACAACUCUGGCAACCCUCUUGGAAUGUCUGUUCUGAUCAACUCGAGUCACAAGGGACGAAGGUCUACAGCUAAUGAUCUGUUGGAACCUAAGCCUGAGAACUUGACUGUAUUGACAGAUUCUUCUGUGCAGCGAGUAAUUCUCGAGGGAAACAAGGCUGUUGGAGUUGAAGUCAAUGGAAAGAAGUACUUUGCUUCAAAGGAAGUCAUCCUCUCAGCCGGAGCCCUCAACACCCCCAGCAUCCUCAUGCACUCAGGAAUCGGUCCCAAAGAUCAACUCUCCCAAUUCAACAUCCCCGUUGUAAAGGACGUCCCUCGCGUCGGCCAAGGUCUACGCGACCACAUGUUCACACCCCUCGUCUAUACCCGCAAAGAAGGCGACACAGCUCGCAAGCCCUUCUACGGCGACAAGAAAGCCAUGGACGAAGCCCUCGAGCAGUGGCGCCGCGACGGAACAGGUCCCUGGACAAAGUUUGCCUGUGAGUUGGGUAUUGGCUGGUUCAAGCUUGACAAGCUUGUCCAGUCGGAAGAGUUCAAGGCGCUUCCUGCUCAGGAACAGACCUAUCUCAUGAAGGAAACUGUGCCUCAUUAUGAGAUUCUGACACACUUUCCUAUUCAUUGGUUUAUUCCUCAGUUCCCGGAUGAUAACCUCAACUACUCUUGCAUUCUCGUGUUUUACUAUAACGCGCAGAGUCAAGGUGAAGUAACACUCCAGUCAUCCGAUCCCAACGUCCCUCUCAAGUUCGACCCCAAGUUCUUAUCUUCACCUUUCGAUCGUCGCGUAGCCAUUGAGUCUCUCCGCGAUGCAUUCCGUCUCGUCAAGCAUGAGAACUACGUCAAGAACAACGUCGACACCAUGGUCGGUCCCCAGGGUGAUUCAGACGAAGAGCUUCUUGCGCAUUGGAGAGCGACCAUCUCUUCUAGCUGGCACAUGUGCGGUACGACCAAGAUGGGAAAGAAGGAUGACCCUGAGGCUGUGGUUGAUAGUGACUUCAAGGUUAUCGGUUUCGAGGGAUUGCGUGUGGCGGAUAUGGGUGUUGUGCCUGUUUUGGCUAAUUGUCAUAUUCAGUCUGUUGCUUAUGUGACAGGUAUGACGGCUGCUGAGAAGAUUAUUGCCGAGUAUGACCUUGCUUAG